UUUUUUGUUUUAAGUUGCAAAGAAAUUAAAAUUCUAACAAAAAUGCAUCAACCAAAUAAUUUGACAACUUCUACAAAUUUUCACUCUUUUCAAUUACCACAAUCUUCUGCUUCUACUACACAUUUUCAGACAACAACACUUUCCCCUCAACACAAUUUAAAAUGCUCGGCUGUUGUUCAACUAAUGCCUAAUUGUCAUCCAACUACAGCAAUGGCUAAUCAACAACAGAAUAUUCCCUCUUCAGGCCAGCUACAUUUGAUAUCGUUUAGGCCUGUAAUUGAUAAUGGAACAAAAUUUUUGGAUUCAAAUUCAUGCCAACCAGGCUCUUCUACUUUUGCGGCUGCUUUUGUUCCUGCAAAUUUGAUUCAUUCUGGUCAACACAACCACCCACACGGACCAAAUCCGCCUACAUUUUUGGGAAUUAAUGAUUGUCUUCCCCUACCACAGACAUUUAGUCAAUUGCCACCUCUGCCUCCUCCUCCACCAAAUAUUUUUAUUCAACCACCCUCGGCUUCAACAGCACAUUCAAAUUUUCUUCCCCAAACGUUUUUGCCCCAGUCUACGGCCGCUGCAGUUUUACACAAAUUAGCCCAUCCUGUUAUGGCUGUUCAUCACCAUCAACAACAUAUUGUUACUACACCUAAUAAAAAAUGUCGGCCUCCAUCGUUAGACGGCGCUGGAGAUUGGACUACUGCUGUUACAGGAUGGGAACAAGCAGCAAUGAUAAAAAACAAAAUUGGAUUACUCGUCAACAAUCGCUUCCGAAUUAUGCAAAGCAUCGCUUCUGGUUCUUAUGGUGAAAUUUUUGCAGCAGAGGAUUUGCACAGUCCUGGAGUUAAAAAACAAAGAGUUGCUGUUUACAAAUCUGUUCUUUAUGAAGAUGGAAAUGGAAAAGUUGAAGGUUUUCCUCAAGUUUAUUGUUAUGACCACGAAUUUGGGCACAACAUAAUGGUAAUGGAACUUUUGGGAGCGCCGGUUGCCUCUUUAUUUGCUUUUUGCAAUCGAAGAUUUGCUCGACAGAUGAUUCACAGAAUAAGGCAUUUACACCAACGGGGAUUUAUCCAUCGAGAUAUUAAACCAGAGAAUUUUCUGAUGGGAUUGCCUCCUGGCAAGGAAAGCACUCUUUAUUUAAUCGACUUUGGCUUGGCGAGAAGAUAUCGAUUUCGUGAAGGUGAAAACAGAACAUUGACUCAUAUUCCCUUUCGUCGUGGUCGUAGUUUUAUUGGCACAGCAAAAUAUGCAAGUUUAAACAGUCACAAAAAUAUUGAAUUGAGUCGAAGGGAUGACCUUGAAAGUUUGGCCUAUGUUCUCAUAGAACUUGUUAAUGGCCAUUUACCUUGGAAGAAUAUUUCAAAAAGAAAUGCAACUACAAGACAUCAAGCUAGCCAAAGAAUUAGACAAUUAAAAGAACAAACAAGUUGGGAAGAAUUUUGUCCUUGUUUGGCAAAAUUUAUUCGUUAUUGCCGUGAAAUUCAUUUUGGAGAUGAACCUAAUUAUGAUAAAUUGCUUGAUAUGUUACAAUCUGUUCUAAUACCGGAAUUGUCAGUGUUUCCUGCUCCUUCUCUUCCCGUUUGCAAAACUGUUGAAUGUUCUACUGGUGAUGUUUCUACAAAAUCUAGCAAUAAGACAUCAACAAAAGCGUGUUGUCAAACACUAAAAACUGCAGAAAAAACGACUCAAGUUAAUUUUGGACAAGAUGAUACUGAAGAUUUUGAGAAACAGUCUGCACAACAAUUGGAACAAUUUGAAAAGGAGAAUGAUAGAAGACGAAGUGAUUUUGAUGAAAAGAUGUCUGUAACCACUACAAGUGAUGAAACGAUGUCCGCAAUGGCACAAUCUAUGCAGAAUUUUGCUAUUACUACUACUGCUGUAGAAAAUACUAAUGCUGUUAGUAGCGAUUAUGACGAACUUGGUGGAGCUGCUACAACAACUACAAGUUGUUCUGAAAAUGAAUUGGAUCCAAGUGGGCGUGUUUCUCGUAGUAGACCAACAAUACGAAGUGGAACUGGAACUGCCGAUGAUGAAGAUUCACAACCAACUCCCCAACAAGAACAACAUCAGGUCUGUAGAAAAUGUCGUCGUCUUCGAGAUCAAACUCACCAACAGCAACAACAAAAACGAGUGAAAGAUCAACAAAUUUAUCAUUUAAAACAGAAAAAGCCUCAACAAAGGGUUGAUACAGCUUUACAAACUGACUUGGGGAAUGAUUAUAAUUUUGUUGGAGGAGGAAGACAAUUUAAAAGAUCGUCCACAUUACCGCCAGAACAACGAAGAAUGUGUUGGCAAAAUGCACGUGAAAGUAAUGCUGAGAGGAGAUUUCAAUAUGAAAAUAAAUUUAGUUGGACCCUUCCAAUUAAUGCCGAACAACAAUUAUUAUUUACACAACCAUCUGGAAUCCAUCCCGCAAUUCAAAUUAUUUCUCCAUCUGCUGCAGCAUUAUUGCCGAUAUCCCCUUUAAAGGCUCCAACGAUAGCGCAAUUUACUGCUGCUGGAUCGAGGACAACAACAAUUCCCUUUGGAGUUCCAACAAAUGCAUUGAUACAAAAUCAACAAGCUGCUGUAGUACAACAACACAAUCCAUUUAUCCAUCCACCACUACCAUUGACAAAACAAAGCAACAUAAAUUGUCAAAAACACUUUUCUGAUGAGAUGCAAAAUCUUUUACAGAAACAAGGAACACCUUUACAAGUUGCUUUUGUUUUGCCCCCUCCAACACUUGCAGCAGCAACAAUUUCGGAUCAAAUAGGAACUUCAGCUGCUCCGUAG